ACUUAAUACGUCGAUGUUUUUCCUUUUUUUUUUUUUUUUUACAUAAUUUGCAAUACAAUUAUUUUAACAAACAAUUGUUUCUACUUUAAAGUAGAGCGAUUGGGUUGACUGCCACCAGGGGGCGCUCAUCAACAAACCCGCAAGACGCAAACCUGUAUCGAGAGAGCAGCGUCUUUACGCAGCGCAGCUGUAUAUUCUUCUUCGGGGCUUCUUAAAAGACUACGCGAUGAACAUAUAUUUCUGUGGGAGCAUCAAGGGAGGAAGACAGGAUGUAAAGAUUUUUCAGAAAAUUGUAAAGAAACUGCAGACAUAUGGACAGGUUUUUAGCCACGAUGAUGUAUCAGAGAAAGGUGAGGAUUCUCUACCAGGAGGAGACGAAGCUAUCUAUGACCGUGAUAUGGAGUGGCUGGCUCAGUCUGAUGUUGUAGUUGCUGAAGUAACCCAUCCAUCUUUUGGUGUGGGUUAUGAAAUUGGUCAAGCCAUGGUUUUAAAAAAGAGGACACUCUGCCUUUUCCGACCCUCAUCAGGAAAAGUGCUGCCUGCAAUGAUACAACACGCAGAGGCCAAGAUGGGAAGCUCUAUUUUCAAGGUACGGAAUUAUGACGAAGAAGAAGUUGACGGCAUUCUGGAGAAUUAUUUUGGCGAAUUCACCAAAGACUAAUGUGCAUUAAAAGUCUAUUUAAGUACGUUUAAGUCCAAAAGUAAUUUUUUUUUUUUCAAAUUUAUGCGAACACCUGACCAUUACAACCAUAUGUUCAUUAAUAUGGAGGUGGUCACCUCUUUGCAUAUAAAAAAAUUGCCUGGCCAAAAAGCUGACACUGCAGAAAGGUCAAAUUAUCAGCCUGCAUCAAGCAAAGAAAACAACUAUGGACAUUUAAAACUACUGGAACUGGCUUAAGAACUCUUUAAUACAUUAUUAAAACAUGGAAUGGUUAAUUGAGUAGUGGCGAUCCAUUAAAUUUGGGAAAGAAAUAUAGCCAGAAAAAAAAAUCAGGAAUGAAGAUCACUUAAACACUUGAAGUUCAAUCAUUAAAAAAAUAAAUAAAAUCACGGCUAUGUAACAGGGAAAAAGGAAGGCACAUAAAGCAAUGCACCCAUCAUGCAUAGUGGCCACUGUACAAGCCUCUAGUGGCAGUCUUAUGAUCAGUUGUUCAGGUGUAGGCUUAGUAAUGUUAUGUUGUAGUAAACUGUGGCAGUCAGCUGAUGACCUGAAUGUAUUGAAUGACCAGAUUACCUUAUCAAUGCACUUUAUCUUCCCUGAUUGCACGCCCAUAUUCCAGGACUCAAAUUGAGAAAGAGAAAGAAAUUGAGAAUGAAUUGGCCACCACACUACACACCACAGCAUAAUCUAAGCUAAAGGUAAACAUUUUUACUUAUUUAUUAUUUUUGCCAGGCAGUGUAUAAGGGUGUCCACUUUUAUGGAAAGGAUUUUCACUAAUAUAAUAAAAACAUGACCUUGAUUUAUCUGUAUAUCCCCAAGAGCAUUGGUGAGAUGGGUGAGCUGAGUCCACAUCUUAUAUUUUAAGUCUUCCCAAGUCCAGGCUCUGUGAAGGUUAAAUUCUACUCGGACCUUUACAUACAAUGACUCAUUAGAACUCAUUUUACACACAGGGGCAGUGGCAUGCUGGAUCAGGUUCUGGCCUUUUACUUCCAGUGAAGGGAAAUUACAGUGCUCCUGAUGUCCGCAUACUUUUGGACAUAUAGUGCAGCUGAUGUCCGCAUACUUUUGGACAUGUAGUGCAGCUUGCACAAAACAGAAUGAGUUAUUUCACCACCCAGUUCUGGAUAGACUGCCUUUCUGAAGUAGUUUUCAGAGGCCGCAAAGUUUUAAGGAAAUUACUGACGCAUUAUUUACCUAGUUUCUGUUAAAACCUGCUAGCCUCUAAAGUUUAAUAAGCUUUGAGAGAUUUAAAACAGGAUUCCACAAUCAUAAACUGUGAUAUUUUGUAUAAUAAAGUGUUAUAAUUCUUUA